AUGAGGGGCACGGUGGUGGCGCUGGCCUUGCUGGCUCUCCUGCUGGUGGCACGGGAAGGACGUGGGGAAGGGAACACCAUCAGGCUCUGCGGAAGAGACUUCGUCAGAGCUGUCGUCUUCACCUGCGGCGGCUCUCGCUGGAAAAGGCAUUUGACUGAUUAUCACUACCUGUUUGAGAGUGAAAAUCCCGUGCCUUUCUCACAAGAGAACAACGGUUAUGCCGAUUCCUCGACACACACAGACCUGGAGACUGACAGCGAAGAAAUCCCCAACACCCAGCCCGAGACAGAGCGAGAUUUGCAGCACACCAGGAAAACAUCCACCCUAAAAAAGCGCGAAGCCGCCAAACUGCUGACCACAUCCUGCUGCAGCAUCGGCUGCAGCGAGAGAGAGAUCAGUUCCCUGUGCUGA